AUGCCGGGAAACCAGCAGAUGGGAGAGGGAAGCAGGCGUCGUCUGGAGCAGCGACGCUUCUGGCCCGUCGCAAAAAGUAGCUCCAUAAGGCCUCUGGCCCAUCAUCAUGGUCAUCUGCAGUGGGCCAUUAACCGGUCACUUGCGGCCGCGGCCCGUGCCGCCGUGCGCCUCAUCCGCGCCCCCUCCUCCUCGUCGUCGUCAGUCAGCGACGGACCGAGCCGCCGAGCACCCACCCCAGCGAGCCUGCCCACCGGAACGAUAACCGGCAUGGCGGCGGCGCUAUCCGCGCUGCUCCCGCGCGCCGCGGCGGUCCGCAUGGUGGCGCCGCGCGCCCGCCCUGCCGCCGCCGCCGCGUCCCGCCUCCUCUGCGCCGCGGCGGCGGGGGAGGCGUCGAGCUCGCCCGCGGCGCCGCGGAGGCUGGUGCUCUACACCAAGCCCGGGUGCUGCCUCUGCGACGGCCUCAAGGAGAAGCUCCACGCCGCCGUCCUGCUCGCCGGCACCCCCUACUCCCUCGCCUCCCUCGAGCUCCAGGAGAGGGACAUCACGACGAACCCGGAGUGGGAGCGGCUGUACCAGUACGAGAUCCCGGUGCUGGCCAAGGUGCUCCCCGACGGCACCGAGGAAAUACUUCCGAGGCUGUCUCCCCGGCUAACUGUGGAGCUCAUGCAAAAGAAAGUAUCCAGCGUGUUUGAUCAGUAAGGAUAUAAUUGUACUUCAAAAGUUCAAUCGUCAGCUUUGCAUUUAGAGCUGCAGCUGUAAGAGUGGCAAUAGGUGAUAUGACGAUUGGUGUUAUUUUCCUUUGUUGUAAGUUGUAAACCAUGAUUUUCAAUUGCUUAACUUAUUUUUUAUACAUUUA